AUGCUACAGCAUGUCAGCUGUCUCUGGUCUACGCUUGGGCAGGUUAAAUCGGCAAUCAUGGAACUUGACAGCGAAGAUGUCAACGAUGCGUUCGUCAAGGCCGUUCGCGCUGCCCGAAAUUGCGGAUAUGUGGCAGGUGGGUGGGUUACUCUUCCUGCGGAUCCACCAGAGCGUCGCAUUGAUGGUGGGCAUGAACCUUUGGACGAGGAGGCCUUCAUGGCACGCUACGGAUACGCAAACUAUUAUGCUCAUUGGAGUGCGGCGCCAUUAGUUGAGGAAACAGUUACUGGAUUCAGGCUUGCCCUUCAAAGUUUGGGUAUUACGGGGCCUGCGUACCCACAGGUGAAGUGCGAUUCUUUGUCUAAAGCGCGGAGCAUUCUUGUGGCAGCAGUGGCUAACGGUAUGGCUUAUGGGGAGAAGUUCCUGUCCGACGAGGAAGCUGGCCAGUGGGUGGAUCAGUUUCUUGCGCCUGCAUGUCAAGCUGGUGCAGAUGUCGAGCUCUGGACGGGUAAUGCCGACGGGGUGGCAACGAUUAACACCGGCAUCGUGUUUGUCUUGGGUACAGAUGAAGGUGAGCGUAGUGUUGGCAUGUUGUGGUUAGGCGAUGAAGAUUGA